UGGUCAGGCCCCGCCUUCGUCCUCCUGCCGUUGUUGCGUUUGACCGUGACAGGAAAUAUUAACAGCCAAAGCGUCUCCCUUAUCGUCCACGGUAGCAAUGGCCGCAGACGGUCCCGAGGAAACAACCGCCCCGAGCGGUGAGAGCGACGUUCCGCCCAGCGAGACAACCGAGGCCGACGGCGAGCAAAAAGAAAAUGGCUCUACCGAACCGGAAACAGAACAAGCAGUCCGCUCAGCGGAGCCGAAAAUGGAAGACGUGGACGCGGAGGCCGGCGAAGAGAACCCCGCCGCGGCGGUGGCGUCGGACGAGGCCGCGAGAGAUGUGGGAAAGGAGGACGCAGCUCCCACGGUCCUCCAGGAAGCAACAGCUGCUCACGGGGAGCUGGAGCUGGAGCUGCGGCUGCGGCCAAGUCUGGGAGACACCGACCAGAGCGGUGCCAUCACAAUGAAGGAGCUCAAGGAGGAGCCGGACGACGACAGCCGCUCUUCGGGAAUAGACUGUGGCAAGAGCAGCUCUGCCAGCGAAGAUGGCGAAAAAAGCAGCAGCAGCGGCUGCAGCAGCAGCAGCGGUGACCUGGGGGACAAGAGGCGCUCGAGUAUGGAGGUGUCCUCCUCUGACGGGGAGCAGUUGAGCCGCAUGGACUCAGAGGACAGUGUCUGCAGCACCACCAUAGAAAUGGAGAGCAUAGGAUCCAGCGGGCGCUCCACUCCUGCCCUGCUGAACGGACAGAGCAGCGCCAGGUCCACCGCGACCAAGACAAUGGCUUACACCUGCUGCUGGGACCUCUGUCCGCACUGCUUCAACUCCAGCCCCGAUCUGGCAGAGCACAUCAGGGGGAUUCAUGUGGACGGCCAGAGAGGAGGGGUGUUUGUGUGUCUCUGGAAGGGCUGCAAGGUGUAUAACACACCGUCCACCAGUCAGAGUUGGCUGCAGAGACACAUGCUGACUCACAGUGGAGAUAAGCCCUUCAAGUGUGUCGUUGGUGGCUGCAACGCCAGCUUUGCUUCUCAAGGAGGGUUGGCUCGUCACGUCCCCAGUCACUUCAGCCAGCAGAGCUCUUCCAAGAUGUCCGGCCAGGCCAAACUAAAGGAGGACUCGCCGUCUAAGGCGGGGAGCAACAAGAGGAAGAAGCUCAAGAACAAACGCAGAUGGACCCUACCAAGGCCCCAGGACUUUUUUGACGUCCAGACUAUGGACGCGCUGCGUCACAGGGCCAUCUGUCUCAACCUCACCACCCACAUUGAGAGUGGGGGCAGCGGCCACAGCGUUGUCUUUCACAGCACGGUGCUAGCCAAAAGGAAAGAAGGGACUGGCAAGGUCAAAGUACUUUUACACUGGACACCUGAAGACAUUUUACCUGACGUGUGGGUGAACGAAACGGAGCGAUCCCAGCUGAAGACAAAAGUAGUGCACUUAUCCCAGUUACCGCAGGACACAGCCAUGCUGUUAGACCCCAACAUCUAUCGAGCUCUUCCUCAAAAGCGACUGAAGCGCAGCCUGUAAGAGCUUCUCUGCAGAGCCCAACGUCUCUGAUUGGAGGUCGGUCUUUAUACCGGAGCGGCCGCAGUUUCUGCUCAAUGUGGGAUGUGAAGUGACGGCAACAUAAGCUGGCGACUUUAUCCACUCCUCAGUUUUGUAAAUCUGAAAUGACUUUAGUUUCCUUAUCAGUAACUGGGUUUUGUUUUUCUUUUUUUUCUUUGUUUUUUUACCUAAAAACCCAAUGAUGUGGAACUAUCCUGUUUUGUGUAUGUCUGGCAAUAUAGCUCAGCAUAUUUUAUCAUAGUUUUUGUGUAAAAUAUUUAACCAGAUUUCUAACUUAUUUUUAUACCAUGAAAAUGCUGAUGUGAUGUAGAUUUCUGUGAAGGUUCGGAGUAAAACUGUCUUCGCCGUGUCGUUGACCUGGGAACUAACGUGUAUUUGAACAUUGCUAAGUGUAAUUAUGCUGUGCAUGUGACAUAAAACCGUAACCAGUGAUCUUAUUUAUACUUCCUGGAUUCAGUACUGUUACCUGUGUGUUUGCCUUUUUCCUUAGCCACAGCUCAGACCAAACUCUUGAGCAAUAUUUUAUUGGGACUGUUUCUUUGUAUCUCUAAAGUUUUGCCGGUCUGGUGACUGGAAACCAUUUAAAAACAGCUGACUAUCAGCAGAAAUCACCACAGCUUACCUGUACUUCCAUGUGUAUAUUGUAGAGUUUAAAAUACCACUAUUUAAGCCUUUUGUUGUCGUCCCUUUUUGAACUUUCCAUGUUUAUGAAAUGACAGAUGUUGACAAACCCUCCUGCCGCUGACAUAGAACGGUACAAAGCAACAUUGCAGUCAGUGCAACGUGAGCGCAGUUGAGAACAUUACUUCCUCCGUGUGUGCGUCGGAAGAGUUGGCUGGCUCGCUCGGCCUCCAUUAGCAGAGCAGCUUUGGGAGCGCGCUGUGGAAGAGCUAAUAACUGGGCCAGCAGGGCAGAGCCCCUGCCAGUCUCAGCUGCUGCUGCUGAACAUGCCUGCAAAGAUCAAAACAGAAGCAGAGUUCAGGGAGAGGUUUGCUCUUCAGCAUAUCAUGGUCUUUUUGUGUGCUCACACAUGAAAAAUUCAUUUAGGAUUCCAUUAUGGGAUAUAAUGAGGCAUUCAGGUGCCGUUGCACUGCUUCAGGGGAGUGAGCGCCGAGGAUUUGUCGGCACCCUGUUGUUUUUUGUGUGCUUUUCUAAUGGCUUCCUAAUAUCUGCAGUGGUCUGCAGGCAAAACUUUAUGGUGCUAAUUAAAACUGCUUGUAGGGUUCACUGUAUACUGUGUUUUUUUUUUCUUCUGUUUUGAAUAAAAAAAACAACUGUUCUGUU